UUGAUGGAAAAUAUUUCAGAGGUGACAGAAUUUAUUCUUGUGGGGUUAACAGACGCCACUGAACUGCAAGUCCCUUUAUUUAUAGUCUUCACUCUCAUUUAUUUGAUCACAAUGGCUGGGAACUUCGGGAUGAUUGUGUUGAUUCUGCUGGAUUCUCGACUCCACACUCCCAUGUACUUUUUCCUCAGUCACCUCUCCCUGGUGGAUAGUGUCUACGCCUCAGCUGUCACUCCCAAGGUAAUGGAAGGGUUUCUCACAGGAGAUAAGAUCAUAUCCUACAAUGCCUGCGCUGCCCAGCUCUUCUUUUUUACUGCCUUUGUAGCUAUUGAAAGUUUCCUCCUGGCCUCAAUGGCCUUUGACCGGCAUGCCGCAGUGUGUAAACCCCUGCAUUAUACCACAACCAUGACAAGCACUACAUGUGUCCUCAUGGUCACCUGCUGCUAUAUGUGUGGAAUCUUGCCAUCCUCUGUCCAUGUAGCCCUCACAUUCCAUCUGUCCUUCUGUCAUUCCAAUGUGAUCAAUCACUUUUUCUGUGACAUUCCCGCACUGAUGGCUAUUUCUUGCUCUGAUACCUACACAAAUGAGAUUAUACUCUUUAUCUUUGCUACACUGGAUGUUGCUUUUACUCUCUUGGUUAUCUUGAACUCUUACUUGCUUAUUUUCAUUGCUAUCCUGAGGAUGCGUUCAGCUGAGGCACAGAGGAAGGCUUUCUCCACCUGCACAUCCCACCUCAUUACCGUCUCCAUCUUCUUUGGGUCACUCAUCUUCAUGUACCUACAGCCCAAUUCUAGUCACUCCAUGGACACUGACAAAAUUUCAUCAGUGUUCUACACCAUGGUCAUCCCCAUGCUGAACCCUCUCGUCUAUAGUCUGAGAAACAAAGAGGUAAAAAAUGCAUUUAAGAAGGUUAUUGGAAAAGGAAGUCUUCACUGGCAUUAG